AUGCAAGAAGUGGAUUCUAUUCGAUAUUUCACAUUUCGCAAACUCAAGUAUGUCUGGCGAUCCGAAGGUGAGGCAUGGAUAGCACCCGCUGAUCUCGAUGGUCAGAUCCCUUUAGUGCAUUUCCAUGCCGAAGUGGGAUCUGGCAAAGGCCUAUCUGAAGGGGAUGUGUGUCGCCGGCAGGUCACUUAUGGAAAGAAUUGCAUCGAAGUCAAGCUGAAACCGAUUAUUGUUCUGCUUUUCAUGGAAGCAAUUUCGCCAUUCUAUAUCUUUCAAGUUUUCAGCGUUUCCAUCUGGUUUUCGGAUAAUUACGAGUACUACGCUUCCAUUAUAGUGGUUAUGUCUGUGAUGUCAAUCGCGAUAGAUGUCUACCAAACA